AUGGCUGACUACGAAAACGACAACGGCCGUUACGCCGAUGAGCCCCGGUACGACCGCGACCGCAGUGCUUCGCCUCGCGAUGAGCCUCGCUCCGACCGCGACCGCGCCCGUAGCCGUUCCCCCAACGGUCGCUCUGAGGAACGCCCCCUCCCUAUUCGCAAGUCUCUGAUCCAGGAUGAGGUCGAGGAGGAAGGAGCUAGCAACACUGGUUCCAACCUCUUCGUCACUGGUAUUCACCCCCGUCUGACCGAGUCGGACAUCUCACGUCUCUUUGAGAAGUAUGGCGACGUGGAAAAUUGCUCCAUCAUGCUUGAUCCCCACACCAAGGAGUCUCGUGGCUUCGGUUUCGUCAACAUGACCACCGCUGAGCAAGCUGAUGCUGCUAAGGAGGGUCUCCAGGGUGAAGUCAUUGAGGGUCGCACUCUCAGCAUUGAGAAGGCUCGCCGUGGCCGUCCCCGUACUCCCACCCCUGGCAAGUACUUCGGACCCCCCAAGCGUGAUGGUGGUGGCCGUGGUCCUCCCCGCCGUGGCGAGCGCUAUGAUGACCGCCGUGGUCCUGGUGGUGGCAACUGGCGCCGCCGUGAUGAUGACUACUACCGUUAUGGCCGUUAUGACUCUUACAAUGACCGCCGUGAUUACGGCGGCGGUAGUGGUGGUGGUGGUGGUGGUGGUGGCCGCGACUAUGGCCGUGGCGGUGGUGGCGGUGGUGAUUAUCGUUCCCGCGACUAUGGUGACCGUGACUACCGUCGUGGCUCCCGUGACGACUACGGCGGCUACCGUGGUGGUGGUGGUCCUGGUGGUCCUGACCGUUACAAUGAUCGCUACAGCCGCGAUGAUCGUCGUGGAGAUGACCGCCGUGCCGGUGGUGGUGAUGAACCCCGUGGAGGAAGCGGUGCAGGCAGUGGUGCUGCUGCUGGCGGUGGUGGCGGCGCUGGCUACUACGAUCGUGAUGCCAACCCUCCCAGCUACGAGGCUGCCCCUCCCCGUGAGCCCCGUGAUGCCUACGCUGGUGGUGGUCGCUCUUACGAGGGCCGCAGUGCCGGUGGCGAGGAGCGUUACGGUAGCAGGUAA